AUCCAUUUGUCAAAACAAUUGAAUAUUUUAUGAAUAGCUUAGUUUGAAGGUUAUCCGUUUUGGAUAAUGAAUUGUUCAAAAAGUCCAAUGUUCCGACCUUUAACGCUAAUUUUCAUGAAACCGCAAAGUCGCCAUUACCGAUUCUCGAGCCUCCGCGUUUUAAAAAACUCCGUCUGCUCAUUUGCUCAUAAUCAUCUAGAACAAUUCAACAACAAAGCAUCAUCUCAGUUCUGUUAAAUACCAGUAAUCAAGAAGAAAUUGAAGGAAUCGGGGGAAAUGGACGAGCUUUCGAGCGAUGUGAUCAUCAAAACGCUAUCGGUGCUGCCGAUCAAGCCGCUUGUACGGUGCAGAUUCGUCUGCAAAUCCUGGCUAAACCUCACGCAUGACCCGCAUCUGAUCGAUACCCAUCUCUCAUUUUCCUCUGAAAACGAGACCCAUUUCGGUCUCAUCCUCAAAACCUCCGUCCCAAUUGGCCGGACCCUCUCCCGGAGCAGCUUGUUCUUGGUGGCAAACGACGGAGCUGAUGAUCUCUUCAAGUGUGUGAACGUUAGCUUCUCUUUGCCCUCUUUCCGCACUUAUGAAAUUAUGGGUUCUUGUAAUGGAUUGCUAUGUUUGUUUAAUCCACUUUCUAAGCAUUUGACUCAUAUAUUUAAUCCUUGCACUAGAGAGUAUAUGGUUUUGCCCAGCCCCCAAAGGGCUCCAGAGUUUAUUGUUGAUAUAAUAGUAGGGUUUGGGUUCUUGGAAGAACAAAAGGAAUAUAAAUUGGUAGAAGUGGUUUACUAUGGGAGUGAAUUAGUUGGUGAAGGUGUUUUGUGGUCUAAGGUUAAUUUGUAUAGUCUGGGUGAUAAGUCCUGGAAAAGUCUUGGCUAUUGCCCUUAUUCACUUUGUGGUAGGGGGUGCUCUGAGGCCUUUGUGAAUGGAGCUCUUCAUUGGGUUAGUUCUGGUUAUGAUGAUGAUGGUGGAGGGCUAGUUAGUCAGAUUGUUGCCUUUGAUUUAGCGAGGGAAUCGUUUGAGGUUGUGCCGAGCCCCGAGUUUGAUUCGGGGAGGUUGAACUAUAGUUUGGGCGUGUUACGGGGGUGUCUUUCGGCCACAAAGUGCAAGUUCCGGGAUUACGUUGAGAUUUGGGUGAUGAAGAGUUAUGGGGUGAAGGAAUCGUGGACCAAGUGUUUGAAAAUUGUUUGUGAUGAGGUAGGGCUGAUCAUUGGAGCUGUCAGGCCGCUGUUCUUUCAGAAAAACGGCGAGAUUUUGCUUCUGCACGGUGGCGUUUUGCUCUCUUAUGAUCCUUUGAGUAAGAAAUUAAGAGAGGUUCGUGUUUCUGGAAUGCCCAGGUCUUUUAAGGCGUUUGUUCAUGUUGGAAGCCUUGUUUCGCCUUGCUCACUGGUUGGAAAGUGAUUCGAGAGUAUUUAUCUUUGUUGCUAUCUGAAAAGGUGUUGGAUUCAAGGAUUUUGCUUACAUCGAUUGGGGAGCGAAAUUUGGGGUGACCAAAGACGGUCAAAAACUCGAGGUAUAAAUCGACUUUCCAAAUCCUUAUGUGCCUGCAUACAUUUCAUUUACUUAUGAUGAGGCCUCCAGCUGCAUUUUACGUGUUGAUUUCGAUUGUGUAUCCCGAGUGUUGAUUAGAGGCUGGGGGUUUCCGAAAUAAAGUGUAACUCACAUUCCUCAGUAAUUAGGCCUUCUAGUUAUAUGAUUGUGUAAAUAACCAAUAUGCAGAUUCCAUUAAUACAUUAUGGUGGCAUUGCAUUUCAAGCUUUGUAACAUCUUUUUCCUUUA